UUGAUUGCUUACUUACACGUCAAAUAAGUCAUGUCUGAUUUCUGAAUAAAAUGUUAAUUAUUUUUGUUUAAACCGUGUUAUUAUUAUUAUAGAGAGGUACAAAAUUAAACAAACGUAAAUAUCUGUAUCAUUUGGAUGUACGGACGGAAACACAUAAUCAUUCCUUAGUUAUAACGUCUAAUGUAAUAUAGGCUAGGCUUAUCGGAAAAUGGGUGGCCUGUUUAGUUACUUCAGAGGGUUGCUAGGAGCGCGAGAAAUGAGGAUUCUAAUUCUCGGAUUGGACGGCGCCGGAAAAACAACAAUUUUAUACAAAUUGCAAGUUGGGGAGGUUGUCACCACGAUACCAACGAUCGGAUUCAAUGUAGAACAAGUUACGUACAAAAACCUCAAGUUCCAAGUAUGGGACCUUGGUGGUCAAACUAGUAUUAGGCCUUACUGGCGGUGUUACUAUGGAAACACAGAUGCAAUAAUAUAUGUUGUAGAUUCUGCAGAUAGAGAUCGAAUAGGAAUAUCCAAAGAUGAACUUGUGCAUAUGUUAAGAGAAGAGGAGCUAGCCAAUGCAAUUCUCGUGGUACUAGCAAAUAAACAAGACAUGGCCGGUUGCCUGACGGUGGCUGAGGUACACCAGGCUCUGGGACUAGAUGCAUUGCGUGACCGCACCUUCCAGAUAUUCAAGACGUCCGCAGUGAGGGGCGAGGGGUUAGACCAGGCGAUGGAUUGGCUCUCGAAUGCCUUGCAAGCCAGGAAAUAGCAGCAGAAAUAGAUUGUAUAAAAAAGGACACGAGCGAAGGUCGGGCCGAGCAGCAAAACGGGACGAGUUGAUACAAACAUCUGUAACGCCAUUAGUGAUAGUACUUACCGCCGCCGAAAUUGCGCCUGCGCAUGUACACAAAUAUGUUUCUGUUAUCAACGUUUUUAUUAUUUGCAUGAAUGAAUGAAUGAGUAUACUUUAUUUGCAUUAUACAAUAUAGGAAAUAAGCAAGACAAUUUACAAACACAACGAUACAAUUGUAUAAGUACAGUAAGGCGGUCUUAUUGCUGAGAGCAAUCUUUUCAAGACAACCUUAAGGUAAUGGACUAAUUGUUGUACAAGCAGGUAUGAUAGUGCUGUAUAAUUAAAAAAGCAUCUUUUGCAAAUUAAAAAUAUAUAAAAAUUAUAUACAUAUAUACACACACACAUAUAUACUUGAUUUUGAACCAUAAUUUAUUUAUGGUAUCAGUUCCUUUAAAUGUACAUAUUGAAAUUUAAAAAUGAUGGUCAUACAAAGAAAAGAGAAGCACAUUGACAGCCAUAUUGUUAUUUUGUAAAUCAUCCCAAUUUAUAUUGAGCUUGAUUAUUAGGUUUUACUCGUAAUAUCGCAUAAAAUUUGAAUAAUAUUAGACUUAUGUACAUUUUGAAAUUCAAAAUAAAUUAUGUUUACUUUUGUAUAAAAAUCAUUCAAUGUAAACCUGCUUUUAUUAUAUAUAUAAGGCGCUAUUCUAAGAGUCGUCAUUGUGGAUGGGAGUUAAUCCUAGGCGUAUAUUUGUACCCACCAAAAUAAUAAUGGUUCAAAGCAUGAGUUCUUAGCAAACUUAUCUUGCACGAACCGAAAUUCCUCGUGUGUACUGGUCCAAUAAUUUUUUAUGGACAUUUUAUAUUGCCGGAGGACUGUCCCUCGUUCUGUAAACGCCUUUAUUAUUAUUUCAGCCGUUAACUGUCCACUGCUGAGCAUAAGCCUUCCCCAUAAAAAGGGGAGUUUUGCCAGUAGUUGCCAUGCUUGGCAAACGGAUUGGUAACCGCAGUUAGGCUUCUAGAGAUGUUUUAAGAGGGACGCUGCUGCACAUCUCACGCCUUUCCUUAGUCGCCUCUUAUGACGCACACGGCAAAGGAAGGGAUGGCCCAUUCUAUGCCGGGUCACACACGGCGAAAAGUCUUUAUUGCGUAUUAUUUAUUAAAAAAUAUAUUAGUAAUAUUUGUAUUAGGUAUAUACAAAUUAUAUAAUUUAAAAGCAGUGGACAGAUUACAGGCUGAUACAAGGAAUUAUUUAAUUUACUGUUUGUUUUGUUACUGCUGGAUGGAGUUUCGUUGCACAAAUUAUAUGGUACUAUUUAAAAUUCUCGUUGGCAUAUUUAAGUUUAUUUUCCAGGGCGGGCUCCUUAAAAAGGGUGUAUAUAUACUCUGAGAUAUCGUUGUGAAGUUUUAUAUAUUCUUUAUUGCACUAAAACAUACAGUAACAACAAUAAGUUAAUAACAAUGUUAGCAAACGCGAACUUAUGUCUAAAAGAGAUUUCUUCCAGUCAACCUAACGCUAAAACUAGUUUUGCACGUAUCCUAAACACGAGACAAUUCUGGAGUAGCCCCCCUCUUUUAAAUACGCCUACGAAAAUUGUACUUGGUUUUACUGUUUUUGUUGAUUUUUGUAGUGAUUUCUGUUUAGGAUGAUGCUCCGAUUGUAUUGUAUUUUAUGAUUCUUAGAAAUAGAUAAAUACCUACCAUCUUUAUAAAUAUGUCUGAGUAUAAAGGAUUUGUCAAACCGAUCGCGUGUCUAAAUAAAAAAAAAAAAUUAAAAUAAAAACAGUGGAACUAAAUCUUGUUUAAAUAGUAUUAUAAGUAAUUAUAUAAAAAGAGGCAAUGGUAUGAGUUUCAUGUAUGAAGUUGAACAAAAACAUUGAGAAACGAGGUGAUAAAAAAAUGUAUGUGUGAGAUCGGGAUACUUAUUGUAAUGACGUAAUUGAUAAGUGCUUUGCCCAACUGUAGUAAUUAAUUUUAAGUCGAUUAAAAAACAAGGGAAGGUUCUUGAACCGUGCAUUUUACGCUGCAAGAUAAACAUUUUUUUUUAACCAUUUUCAUUAAUUCUUUUUGUAAUUAAUUCAAUUUACUCCUGUAUUAGUCCCAUGCAAAUUUUGUAACAAUUAAUAUCGCUUUUUGUAGAACAAAAAUCCGUGUUAUGGACGUAGACUCGCCCUCUGCCAUGUUUAAUUUCUAAUAUUAUAUAUAUGGCGAAAUGUGCGCAUAUAGAAUGUUAACGUGAAGUUUACAAUUUUUUUUUUAUUAAUGUAAACUUAAUUCAGAACAUUUUAAAUAGUCAUUUUCUAUGAUUCUACUUAUUUUGAAUGCAAUUACAAAUUGUUUUUUUUUUUCAACAUAAGUUGAUUUUAGAAUUAUUAUUAUUUAUUUUUUUAUAUACAUUACAACAGCACAAGAAUUAAUUAAAUUAUUAGUCAAACCGAGUCAGUUAUUGUUAAUAAGAUCUCUCCGAUUGUCCCAUUAUGUAUUAUAGUCGUGAGCAUAGUUUCUAUUAAUCCUGCCGGUCCCGACUUCGUAGUAAUGGUAUGUUUUAAAAAAUAGACUGCUUAAUUUCGGCGGCGAGAUUUUUAUCAAAAUAAAAGAAGUUUCGUAGGGGAUCGUGUGUGUCGGCGAUGGAUGUACCUAUACAUAAGUUAUGAAUAAUUAUAAUUAAUUAAUUAAUAUAUAUUUUGUAUCAGUGACGUUCACCAGGCUAAUUUAUAUUAUAAUGCGGUAAGAGAGAAACGUUGUUCCAAAUACAAUAUCAUGUAUUAA